GUCACCGUGACGCUGCAGGCAUACAACAGACACCACCAUAAUUUUCCCAUCACUUCCUUAAGUACUCUAUUCUGUGAACUUGUUGCACGCGCCAUUUUCUACAAGCUUAUCCCUUUCUGUUUCACCAUUUCCUGGGAUGGAUUCGCGUGAACUUAUCGAUGCGCAAUUCGAUCGGGCAGUGGAGAUAGUGCAGGGCCUCCCAAAGACUGGGCCCAUACAAACAGGUUAUGAGGAGAAACUGACAAUGUAUAGCUUGUACAAGCAAGCGACUGUUGGAAAUGUUCAGGGCGGUCGUCCAGGCAUGUGGGAUAUGCUAAGCCGGGCAAAGUGGGACGCAUGGGCAAAGCAUAAAGAUCUCGAUUUAUAUGAAGCCAAAUGGCUUUACGUGGAUGCUCUACUGAAGGUUCUAAGUAAAUACUCGGACAAGACUGUUGCCCGUGACCUCAUGAACGAACUCCAGUCUUAUGGUGGUGACCCCUCAAAUCUCGUGAAGAGCCAUUCUCUUCAGAGGUCUCUGACUUCACAGUCGUCAAGCUCCGGUACCUCAGAUAACGAUAUUCAUCGAAUUCCUGGUCAAUUAUUUUCCUCUACCCGUUCAGGAGUUCAAUAUGCUGCACAGUCAGCAGUUAUAGAGGACAAUGGCUCGGGUUCUGAAAAUGGUGAAUCAGGCGACGAACCGCACGAACUCCCAUCCGUGCGUGAGCCUGUUCAACAGCCAAGACCACUUUCUUCCAUGUCUUCAAGAUAUCGUACUCCUGCAGCCGGCUCGCUUGCCAUGUCGCCGCCAUCUGGACUCACAAAUGUUCCACCGAUGCAACCAAUGCCCACCUACCAGACGCAAUCCGCCUUCGUUCAACCAGUACCAAUAGCAUCCUCACCCGUAUACCCUCUAUCAGGGCACUAUUCUGGGACAUACCAGUCGCCCGAGUAUGCACCGCAGACUCAGUCAGCUCUUUCCCUCCGAGUGGGCCGGUUUUAUGGCGCUGAAGCGCCUAUACGAACACCCUCACGGUUGCCCCUGGAGCAUGCCGUCGAAAAUCUUCAGACCCACCUGGCUGCAAUAACGGAACGGCUCGAUAUGCUCGAGUCCCAGGUGGUGCAUCCACAGCGAUCCACAGUUUCGCUUCCCCCGAAAGGUUCUUCCGGGAGAGUCAGUCCGACGGAUAAUCGUCCUGAAGAACUGGAAUGGGAUUUGGAUGAUAUGGGAAUGUGGUCGUUCGUUCUGAAGCCAUUGUCACGGGUGGUAGUAUCAGUGAAACAGCUUCUUAUAUUUUUUGGUCGGAACGAGAACCGGUCUCCAGUACUCACUGUCGUGCGGAGACUGUUCCUUGACAUAUCAUUCUCGCUGGCAGUUCUCGGGUUGCUGAGACUGACGUGGAAGAAGACGGCUACAAGACGGAGGGAGGUCAAUGCAGCCCUGAUAUUACUUUGGGCGGCUUUGUCCGGGAGGAACAGGGGAAGACGGAUGAUCAGUGGUGUGUAGUGCUUUUUUUGAAAUUCAUGGGUGGCUCAAGAGUAGUUAUUAAUGCUGCAUUUAUACCUCGAUGACCAGAAUUAUUUACUUUGCCCAAAAAUCUAUUUGAGCUUCGUAAUUGCUAAUGAUAUUUUCACUUCGUGUUCAACAGUUAUUCGAGGUUGCAAGACUACCAUUCGUGGAUACCCCUGGUCUCAUCCUUUUACUCCGUCAUAUUGACAACACAGCGAAUACAGUCGCCGCCCUAGAAGUAAGGUUAUACUUCCGUCGAGCUUAUAAGGAAGGGUGUUACAUACGUGCAUGUCGUGGAAACCGUCGUUGAUUUCCGCAAAUUUGCGGUGGUGGGUGACAUAUUCAUCGAUCUUGAGCUUGCCUUGCAAGUAGUCUGGAUGGUAAAUUACAUUGUUCAGGGCAUGAAUUGAAAGCAUUGAAAAUCGAGUCACCUUCGACGAGACCAGGAAGCUCG